AUUGAUUGCUAAGCAAACUUGUCAUAUGAAAAGACUGACAAUGAUGUCGAAAGCUGGUACCAAACGCUAACAAACGCCGCCAACGGUCGCGGGACUAUCCAAAGACUGUGUGCAUUUCGAGAAAAGUCGAGAACACAUAUAUCUGCUUAAUUCUGCCGUAGAGUGCAUAACAGUACAGCGGACAUCGAACGUGACCCCAACAUAUACUCCUUGGGUUUAUGCAAUACUGGCUCUCAUACCUAGUCAAGAGUGGAAUGCUACCCGUUCCCGUUUUGAACCGACCUAAAUCGGGAUAUCCGAACAGCGCUGAUAGCAAAAGCUCGUUAACGUCUGCAUUGUCCUACGCUUUCCGAUACGCAUCUAUGAGGCUAAAUUUCAUUACUGCCUCUCGGCAAAGAUUACGCGCGGAAUUUCAUUUUGGGCUUCUCUCGGCCUGGAUCAGAGUCCUGCUGCUUUCAACAACGAGCGGUAUAUGCAUCGUAGAUGUUAACAAGUGUUGAGAAGCACUUCUUAUUCAUCGCCAUCUUCAAUCUCCCGCAAAAGUACAACGUAUUUGGUGUGAGGAUGCUCGCACGCCGUUAACGUUUCGUGUAGCGAUGUGAUCUCGAAUAUGCUGCGCGUUUAGAUAGAGGCGCGACACGAUAGGAUGGACGAGCGCGUACGGAGUGCGCAAGAAUCCAGAAAUGACUUUAGCUUCAUUUGACUAGACGUACAGUAAGUAACUUAAAUCAACCUUGCCUACGUGGUCUAUAGUCAAGUGAAGAUCUCCUCUACAAAGUAUUUUCUACCAGCAUUUUCCAUUCCAAGAAGGCCAUUCAUGUUAGAAAGGUGAUUUACGCCACCCUUGCCAAUGCAGUGUAUAGCCAGAAAGAGAAGAGAUGCUGCACGGAGUAUUUAAUCACAGGACGCUGCUCAUCCAACAUCGACAACAGUGGACAAACAACAGUAUUUGCUGACAAGAUGGCCCGUCUCAUGAAGGCUUCAUACGUGUUCUGCUUAAUGGCAACAAGUGCACUCGGAACACCGAGCUAUGACCAGCCCUUCAAGUCUACCCAUGUUACUCAAAAAUACGAGGAAAAUACGCCUAAGAGUUACCGUUUUGCGUUCUCAUCGGAUGAUAUCGAAGCAAACCAGAAACGCGAAGAGCGAUCCGGUGAAGAUGGUCAAGUGCGUGGCUCCUACUCAUUCAUGCUCCCAGACGGAACUAAGCGGAGUGUACGCUACAUAGCCGACGAAGCUGGAUUUCGUGCAAAAAUCGAAUCCAAUGAACAUGGAUUGAAGGCAAAAAAUCCAGCCGAUGUGAAGCUUAUGGUUUCACCUCCCAAGGUUUCGCUUAAACAGGAAUGGUCGCCUGGAGCCAUUAAGCAGGACUGGAACGAGAAAGGCGCCAGUUUUGGCCAAGUAUGGAUGCCCGAAUCUAUCAAACAGGACCGGAACGAAAAGAACGUAGUCUUCAACCAGAAUCGGACGCCAGCCCCAGUAAAGCAGGACUGGAACGAGACAAACACUGCCGUCGCUGAUGGUUUAGCACCUGCUAAGCAGAGCUGGAAUAAGAAUGAACAGGCCGUUAUUCUUCAAAACGGUUGGCCCACCAAGCCUGCUCCAGCUAAUCAAGGUUGGCAAGAAGGGUGCCAGCUCUCGGCGCCACUUACAAAGCAUUGGUCACAGACCCCUCAGAUAGAGGAGGUUAAAUCGGGCUGGUCAGACGACACCCUUAAAGAAGCUUGGCAUGACGCGGCUCCUCGUGCCCACCGACAACAGAAGUGGUCGCCUAAAGGUGCCUCCAUUAAGCAACAAGGUUGGCCUGCUGAAUCCUCUCAACAGGUCUAUGGAUCUCAUGGUGGAUGGUCCGCCAAUGCAUUUAUUACCCAGAAGGCUCAAUGGGCUUCUAAAGUAACAGCUGUCAAAGACGCCGAAUGGUCCCAACAACCCGAGGCAGUCAAAAAAGGAUGGUCCGAUGAUUCGUCUUCCGCCCCUGUACGGCAAGGCUGGGCAGAGGAAGCGUCGUGGUCAACACAGAAGACUCCACCUGUAAAACAAGCCAAGUGGUCUGAUUACAUAUCACCUGCUCCUCUUAAGCAAGAACAGUGGUCUGCACAAAAGACAUCGGCUCUUAAAAGCAGUUGGCAUAAUGAACAGAUAUCUGUCCCAGUGGAAACUGUUUAUGACACGUAUUCUAGUAACCAAAAUCGCGUAGACAGCCCUAAGGCUACUGACUGGAGCGGAAAAAGUACAGAAGCUAAAUUUGGAAGCGGAUCUCGUUUAGAGAGGUUUACCCAGAGCGCAUCCGACGACAGACAAUCACCAAACGUUAAACUGGAAUUACCGCAUGCUGACAAAAUUGAGUGGUUCUCCCCACCAGGAACUAAAUUUGCUGUCCUCAAGCAGCAAAAACAGCAGUGGUAAACAAGUGAUGGAAAUAAUACCGGAACAUGCAUUAAAAUUCCCUAACAAGCAUCGUUUAUGCAGCGAAACACGACCAAACUAUUUCGCCCUUCUAAGCUAGAUUAUGCUUCUAGCUUAAUAAUGUUUCAACUACUAUUUAUUUUGCACGUACAUUCUGUGACACUUCCACAAAGAGGACUACUUCUGCUUGACAAUAUGUAUAUUGCAGUAAAUCUUCUUGAAGAGCUUUACUCUGUAAAGAAUAAAGCUGUAGAGCAAUUACCUGCGAGACCCUAAUCCGCCAGAUAAAUUUCCAAAACAGAAUUUGCCUGAAUACAAAAAGUCGUGA